AGGUUUUGGAAGAAAGUUGAUGAUAGUGAAAGAUGGAUGAAUAUAUAUAUAUAUAUAUAUAUAAAGGAUUGGAUUUGAAGGUGGGAAAAGGUGAGGGUGAUGUGUUGAUGAAAAGAGGUUUGAAGAUGCAACGUGGUGAAGAGUGGCACAAGGAGGUGUUCACGUGUCCUUUCAUUCGCAUGCACUGGACCCGUCUGAGGAAACGGACAUUCUCGACCAACACAAGACUUCUGGUGAGACCAUUCUCCUUGUGUUGUUUUUUCCAUCAAUUCAAUUCAAUGAUGCUCUCUUUCAAUGUUGGUCUUUACCUUCUGAUUGCCUCUCUCGUUGUCUUCCACCUGCUUCCGAGUCCAGUGGCCUGUGAUGACAAGGAGAAGGAUCUGCUUCAUGACAUCAACACUUACAGAAAAAUUUUGAACCUUCCUGUUCUCGAUGAGAAUAAGAAGGCUUCUUGCUUAGCUGAGGAGAUUGCAGAAGAUCUAGGAGACCUGCACUGUGAAGUCUUUCGUGACUACUACCCCACGCCUGGUAAUAACUCAAAAAUUCCCAACUUUCAAAAGAACAUAGACAAAUGCAGCAUCAACAUCAACACCACCACAGAAGGAGUCAUCAUGCCUCUCUGCGUCCCCAAAUUGAACUCCGAUGACCUCUUUUCCAACUACACCAAAUCCAAUCGCUUCACCAAGUACCUCAAUAAUUCCAAUUAUAAGUCUGCAGGUGUUGGCUCCGAAGAUGAUUGGAUGGUUUUCAUCGUCGCCACCAACUCUUCUUCUGGAGAUUUCUCCUCUGCAUCUUCUCUGCUUCCUCACUUCCUCAUGCCAGCAUUCUUCUUCGCCACGCUUCGUCUCUUCUUCAACUGAAUCCCUUCAUUCGCUCCAAUUUUCUUUUCCUCUUUCUUCAUUUAUUUCUCUCAUUUUUCAUAGAACAUCUCCGUCCAGUAAUUCAUCAUGUAUAUUGGUAUAAAAACCAAAACAUUCUCACCAAAUCACCUUACAUUCAAUCUAUUAAAAACAUAAAUAGUUUACUUAUAUUUUUUUUAUUGUAAAGAAAGUUCAAACUUAGACACCAAGUUACUCAAAAUUUAGGAAUUUAAAGUAAAAUAUGAAAACAGCCAAAUUUCAAUACAAG